AUGCAGUUCUCACUCGCUAUCGUUACCCUCCUGGCUACUGCCGUCUCUGCUCUCCCCACUGAGGAGAAGCGCCAGGCUUAUAUCCCUUGCUCUGGUCUCUAUGGCACUUCUCAAUGCUGUGCUACUGAUGUCCUUGGAGUUGCGGACCUUGACUGCGGAAACCCUCCCUCUACCCCUGCCAACGCCACUGACUUCAGUGCUGUUUGCUCUGCCAUUGGCCAGCGAGCUCGAUGUUGUGUUCUUCCUAUCCUUGACCAAGGCAUCCUCUGCAACACCCCUACUGGUGUCCAGGACUAA